GUCGGAAUUUGUUGAAAAGGAAGCAGAAGGAAGACCAAAAGGAGUGACAGAGGCGACGUACGUGUUGAUAAAUAGGAGAAAUCUGACUACGCUGUUGGAUAUAACCAGGAAACGGAGAGUCAUAGCAAUCUGUUGACCAAGCACAAAACGGAUCGCGAUCUUGAGUCGACGCGCCUGCGCUCGUCUUACUUUUCCCGCCUAUUCCGGCAAACGCCUGCUAUUGUACGCGGCACUCCCCGCAACUCAACACUUUCAUAUCGAAGAAAACGCGUCCAAACGCUAACGCUACCCAAGUCCGAUCAUGAGCGACAACGCCGAAUACAAGGAAGCUUUCGCUUUGUUCGACAAGAGAGGAACGGGCGCCGUGCCCCGUGAAACGCUUGGUGACCUAUUACGCGCAUUAGGCCAGAAUCCAACACAGGCAGAAGUAUCAGAGAUCGUUCAAGCAGCUCCGCGGGAUGUCGAUUACAAGACCUUCCUUACGAUACUAAAUCGUCCUGAUGGUUUCAAACCUGCCGGAACCCCUGAAGAAUUCGUCCGUGGUUUCCAAGUCUUCGACAAGGAAGGCAAUGGCUUCAUCGGCGCAGGUGAACUUAGAUACGUCCUCACACAACUAGGGGAAAAGAUGACCGACGAAGAAGUCGACGAACUGCUUAAGGGCGUUCAGAUCGGGCCGGAUGGGAAUGUCAAUUAUGAAAGCUUCACGAGAAUGAUCCUCAACCUAUGAUGUUUUUCGCAUUAACAACUACCGUUGCUACCGCUACCUCGCAUCGUACCUUGUAUCUAUUUAAUUUUCCUUGCAUCAAGAUUACCUUACGCCAUGCUCCCCCUGUGGAUGACCAUGUAGGAUAAUUGCUAUUGAGGCGCGUAAGGCCAAGGGAUGCCAUGAAGUUGGGACAAAUUGAGCUUACAGUAUACUGGCAGCUACCCGUUCCAUACGGGGCAAUGCGUGAAGGACUUGGGGGUUUGAAUGUUUAUGAAAAUGAUAAUGAAUCAAAGAUGAAUGGUGGAU